GUUUGGCAGCACUCAUGAGCCUCUUAGCCAAUAACGUCCUUAUUCCUUGAUAUACACUUUCAGGAUAUUUUUCGUCUUAGAUUAAUUAUCCUUGUGUAAACCGUACUAAAAUGAUGAAACUUGCGGUGAUUUUGGCAUGUACGCUGGUGUUUUAUUUCGCAAUCCACAGUGCCGAGUCCAGAGAUUUCUGCUACAAGAGGGACGAUGGUGAUUACGCAAAUCCAGUCAAUUGCCAUAUGUAUAUCACCUGCAGCAACAAUAUAGCGUAUUACAGACAAUGUCCAGCAAAACUGAGAUGGAAUGAGCGCACAAAGACAUGUGAUUGGCCCAGAAAUGUUAAAUGUCACAUCAAGCCUCCAGGUCAUUGCUCUGAUAACAUCUCCCUUAGAAGCUGCUUGUUUCUCAAAAGUCACAAUCAGUGCCGCAAAGACAAAACAGUUCUAAAUGUGUUCUGUAGAAAAACCUGCGGUCAAUGUUGAAUUAAGGGCUUUUUGCUUAAAGUGCACUAAAUAAACAAUAACUUCAA